CUCUGAAUAAAUACCAGUAAAACGGUUUGAUGGCCACCGGUAACAAGGGGUCGAGAUCAGGAGGCCGCUGGCCCCCCAGAUGCGUGCGAUCACCACCCGCGGGCCGCCAGACCCUCGGCUUCCGAUCCAGACUGCAGGAAGCCUCAGCUCCCUGGGACCGACCAAAGGCCAGGGUUGCACCUGGCUCAGAAACAAGCUCCAUGCGGCACGGGACACUCCUUCCUCCACGCGGACCGCGCGAGUGCAAUUAGAGACCCUAGAUUCAAGAUGUUUUCAGGAGGAACCAUUCCAGCUGGCGCUAAUCGCGGCCGGUCCACAGCGCGGACGCCAAAACAGGCACCACGUGGUUCCGGCGCUGGGGCGGGGCCAGAGACGCCGGAAGUGAUUGCGCUACCUACAGGCCCGCGGGGCGGCUCACGCUCAGACCAUGGCGACCCAGGCAAAGCGUCCACGGCCCGUUCUGCGCACGCGCCGCGGUCUCCUCUCUUUCUCAGCGGGCCUUCGGGGGCCGGGCCUGGUCACUGCGCGCAUUUAUCUCAGGUGGCGGGGCCCAUGGCUUGCGGAAACCCGGAUCCUGUGGCCGGCUUCUUGAGCUGGUGCCGGCGGGUGGGACUGGAGUUGAGCCCCAAGGUGGAGGUCAGCCGGCAGGGCACGGUGGCUGGCUACGGCAUGAUGGCCCGGGAGAGCGUGCAGGCCGGAGAGCUGCUGUUCGUGGUACCGCGUGCCGCGAUCCUGUCGCAGCACACCUGCUCCAUCGGCGGCCUGCUGGAGCGAGAGCGAGGCGCGCUACAGAGCCAGUCGGGCUGGGUGCCACUGCUGCUGGCGCUGCUGCACGAGCUGCAGGCCGCGGCCUCACACUGGAGGCCGUAUUUUGCGCUCUGGCCCGAGCUGGGCCACUUGGAGCACCCUAUGUUCUGGCCAGAGGAGGAGCGCCGGCGCCUGCUGCAGGGCACAGGCGUACCUGAGGCCGUGGAGAAGGAUUUGGACGGCAUCCGUAGCGAGUACCACUCGAUUGUGUUGCCCUUUAUGGAAGCCCAUCCCGAUCUCUUCAGCCUCAGGGUUCACUCCCUAGAGCUCUACCUCCAGCUCGUGGCCCUUGUGAUGGCCUACAGCUUUCAGGAACCACUGGAGGAAGAGGAGGAUGAAAAGGAGCCCAACUCCCCCAUGAUGGUGCCCGCUGCAGACAUACUAAACCACUUAGCCAAUCACAAUGCCAAUCUGGAAUACUCUGCGGAUUGUCUUCGGAUGGUAGCCACUCAGCCUAUUCCUAAAGGCCAUGAGAUUUUCAACACUUAUGGGCAAAUGGCUAACUGGCAACUGAUUCAUAUGUACGGUUUUGUUGAACCAUAUCCUGACAACACAGAUGACACAGCUGACAUUCAGAUGGUGACAGUUCGUGAGGCAGCAUUACAGGGAACAAAAACUGAAGCUGAAAGGCUCCUAAUGUAUGAGCGCUGGGAUUUCCUAUGCAAACUGGAGAUGGUAGGGGAAGAGGGAGCUUUUGUGAUAGGGAGGGAGGAGGUGCUGACUGAAGAGGAGCUGACCACCACACUAAAGGUACUGUGCAUGCCUGCUGAAGAGUUCAGAGAGUUUAAAGACCAGGAUGGAGGGGGAGAUGAUAAAAGGGAAGAUGGCAGCCUGGCGAUCAACAACAUUCCCAAGCUCAAAGCAUCGUGGAGACAGCUGCUUCGAAACAGCAUUCUAUUGACCCUGCAAACCUAUGCCACAGACUUAAAAACUGACAAAGAUGUACUCAGCAAUAAGGAGGUCUAUGCUAAACUCAGCCGGAGGGAACAACAAGCCUUACAGGUUCGCUAUGGUCAGAAGAUGAUCUUACAUCAGUUGUUGGAACUGACAAGUUAGCAGUUUCCCUAUUCCCUGAAGGAACAGCAAUAAGAACUUUAAUAAUCACUGGUGUUUGAAAAAGAGGAAAAUUUGGAUCUUAUUAAACACCAAAAGGGAAAGAGGCAAA